CUUGAUUUAAAAAAUAAACAUAUUUCUUUAACAGACGUAUCUCCUGCUUGACGUAAAACAUGAUAAAUUCAGUGUGCAGCUGUUGGUAACUACUGUGACAAAAAGAGAGAAACGGUUUGAAUAGUUGAACAUGAUGACUUCCUGGAGUGACCGUCUGCAGAACUGUGCUGAGUUCCCAACCAACAUGGAUGGACUUGCCCUCAAGAAGUAUCGACGUGAAGCUCAUCACAGAGUUUUUGUCAACCGAAGUUUAGCAAUGGAGAAGAUCAAGUGUUUUGGUUUUGAUAUGGAUUACACUCUAGCAGUGUAUAAAUCUCCUGAAUAUGAGUCACUUGGCUUCGACUUGACAGUGCAGCGUCUCGUGUCCAUUGGAUAUCCACAGGAACUGCUCAACUUUGUCUACGACCCCUCCUUCCCUACUCGAGGCCUGGUCUUUGACACAAUGCAUGGCAACUUGCUUAAAGUGGAUGCGUAUGGGAACAUCCUAGUUUGUGUACACGGGUUCAACUUCUUAAGAGGGGCUGACACCAGAGAGAUAUACCCAAACAAAUUUAUUCAGCGUGGCGACACAGACCGCUUCUCCAUCCUCAACACUCUCUUCAACCUUCCUGAAACCUACCUCUUUGCCUGCUUAGUUGACUUCUUCAGUAACUGUUGUCGAUACUCAAGUUGUGAGAUGGGCUUUAAAGAUGGCGACCUUUUCAUGUCAUAUAAAAGCAUGUUCCAGGAUGUUCGAGACGCUGUGGAUUGGGUUCAUUUCAAGGGGUCCUUAAAAGAAAAGACUGUUGAAAACCUGGAGAAAUAUGUAGUAAAAGAUCCAAAACUUGCUCUCCUCCUCAGUCGCAUGAGUGAAGUAUCCAAAAUAUUCCUGGCAACCAACAGUGAUUAUGAAUACACUCAGAAAAUUAUGACCUACUUGUUUGAUUUCCCUCAUGGUCCAAAGCCGGGUACAGCCCACAGGCCCUGGCAGUCAUACUUCGACUUGAUCCUGGUUGAUGCUCACAAGCCUGUGUUCUUUGGAGAGGGAACAGUCCUGCGUCAGGUUGACACUAAAACUGGUCGACUGAAGAUUGGCACAUACACUGGUCCUCUCAAGCAUGGAAUUGUUUAUUCUGGAGGUUCUUCUGACAUGGUGUGUGACCUGUUGGGCGUUAAGGGGAAAGACAUCAUCUACAUUGGAGACCACAUCUUUGGGGACAUUCUGAAGUCCAAGAAGCGUCAAGGUUGGAGAACAUUCCUGGUGAUACCAGAACUGGCCCAGGAACUUCAUGUGUGGACUGAAAAGAGCUCCAUAUUUGACGAGCUUCGAUCUCUUGACUGCUUACUUGCUGAGCUCUAUAAGCAUCUGGAUAGCAGCAGCAAUGAGACGCCUGAUAUCAGCUCACUCCAGCGACGUAUUAAGAAAGUGACUCAUGACAUGGACAUGUGCUACGGCAUGAUGGGAAGUCUAUUUCGCAGUGGAUCCCGUCAGACUCUGUUUGCCUCCCAGGUGAUGCGUUAUGCUGACCUGUACGCCGCUUCCUUCAUCAACCUGCUGUACUACCCCUUCAGUUACUUGUUCAGAGCAGAAUAUGUAUUGAUGCCUCAUGAGUCCACAGUGGAGCACACACACGUGAACAUUAUCGAAAGCGAGUCUCCAUUGGCCACAAGAAACCGUCAUGAUUUGGACAUAAAGGAAGUGCAAGUAAGUCGAUCCAUAAGCGACGUUCAGCCACUUCACUUCUUCCCUCAGACGCCACAAGAGAUCACUCACUGCCAUGAUGAGGAUGACGAAGAGUAAAUCAAAUGAUGUAAAACGUGAUUCAAAAUGUUCAUUGAAUUUCAUUUGACUUCGUGUGUCUUUGAUGACAAAAGUAAUAGAUCCUCCCCAAUGAACGAUGUUACUGUCUGUACAUGAUUAAAGGUUCAUCACUCUACUAAUUCA